CUUGCGUGUCCGAAGAGUCGGACAUCGGCCAGUCUUCCCAACCUGAUUUGUGGGCCAACAAGCCGAUCUCACAUUGAGCAAUGCUUGUAGGCCAACCUAGAACCCCUAUACGACGAAGAAAAGGAAAUUCGUUAGAAUCGAGUCCCAAUAGUCAGCCAAAUGACUCGUUUCGUGAAGGCUUGGACAGUGCCAAGCUGCAACGUCGCCGGUCUGUGGUGGAGGAUCGUCUUCGUCGGGCCUCGGGCAUUUUUUCUCCAGCGAGGAAGCCGGGUUCUGGCACCGUUACCCCUGCGCGGGCGAGGCUCUCUGACGAUGAGGUCCGCCGCUCAUUUGAGGAGUGGAUGAAGAUUGCUGCGGACAAUAAAAUCAAUGCCACCAAUAGCUGGAAUUUAGCUUUGAUUGAUUAUUUCCAUGAUAUGACCCUGCUUCGAGAUGGAGAUUCCAUUAAUUUUCAGAAAGCGUCGUGUACGCUUGAUGGCUGCGUGAAGAUAUACACAUCAAGAGUUGAUUCAGUUGACUCGGAAACCAAGAAGCUUCUCAGCGGUCUAGUUGACACAGAUAAAAGACCCGACGACGACGAUUUAGAAUCCGGGGAAGACGAUGAUCAGAUGAACACCAAACCUUCAAAGAAAAGGGCAAACCGAAGUGGGAAUACCUUGGAAAGAGAUAUUAAUAAUCUAAACGUGAAGAAAUUUGACCUAGAAUUCAUGGUUGAUCCACUGUUCAAGAAAACCUCUGCUGAUUUCGACGAAGGCGGUGCGCAUGGUCUGCUGCUCAAUCAUCUCAGUAUCUCCCCAGAGGGCAGGAUGGUUUUCGAUGCCGGAGACGCUGACAUGGCCUCACGUGUUGCUGCGCCGGAAACAUUGAAAGAAGAUGCAGCUCGAGAGUGCAUCGACAUCAUUAAGCUGAAAGCACGAUUUUUAGAUAAUCUCACCGAUAUCUGGGACCAGGAUGUUUGCAACACGUUAAAGAGCUUCGAAUUUAGUUCAUCCAGUGGCUCGUGGACGCCAUUCCCAGAGAACAGUGCCUUUGACUUUGAUUUUUCUACACCGGAUGAUGAAGCAGAUCAGAGUAGCCCUUUCGAUGAUGAAAGGAGCCAGUCUAUUUACGGAAAUUAUGAAGAGCGAGAGAGCUUCGCUGGUGUAAUUGAGCAAGGAACUGGUGUGAGCUCUAGCGGUCCUCUCUCGGAGGCCGCUAUUUUGAUGACAAUGGGGCGCGCAGAUGAUAACAUAUUUUCUUACUUCGACACGGCCAUGGCCCGUAGCUGGGCAGGCCCUGAGCAUUGGAGAUCUCUUCCAGCCCAAAGAGUCAAGGAUUCCAAAGAUCCCCCCGCAACGAAGCGCAAAAGAAAGAACGAGAAUGUUUUGAACUUCAUAGAGAUCCAGGCAAUGGGUGAAGAUCGGCUUUUUGCUCCGACCGCUGCUUCCAUAAUAUUGCCCAAGCAAACGGAGAGAAAUAGAUCCACCCGUUUGUUGCCUGAUGAUAUGCACUUUUCUUCCAAGGAUUUCUUGCAGUUAUUCUUGAAAAGCCGAUAUAAGAUAAAGUUUUAUCGGAAAGAUGGGACAAUCACCAAAAGCUCCAACGAAGAUGGCCCUGUGGACGAACUUUUUUGGGCCGAGCACGAUAUUGAACCGAACGCAUCCUCUACAGAUGAUCAAAUUCUCGCGUCGGAUAAUCCAGAGGGAUCCGACGACGACGAUGCCGACGAUGACGAGCUUGACGAGGACGUUUCUCUUUCCCAGACGGACCAAGCAACGACACUUGAAUUCGGUGACCAACUUGUCGAUCAGCCAAAGAAAGUAAAAGCUGUACCAUUAAACUACGCUCGAGUGGCGAAGAAGGUGGAUGUCAAGAAAUUGAAAGAGAACAUUUGGAAGGAACUUACACUGCACCAGCCAAGUGAACAGCGCCAAUCAAACUCCCUGCACGCUACAGGGGCAACAUCAUUCACAGAUAUUGUCCGUGGACUGGACAAUUUCUACCCCGAGAAGAAAAGGAAGGACAUAUCUGUAGCCUUCUGCUUCAUCUGUGUGCUACAUCUGGCCAAUGAGCAGAAUUUGAAGGUUGUUGGAAAUUCCGAUCUGUGUAAUUUACUGAUAAGCCACGAGCCGGAACACGGUUGAGAUGAUGUUAACUAUUGACAAUAUGAAUGUAAAUCUUAUCACUAAAUUACGCCGCGACUAUAUAUACACUUCACUCGCGACCUGCACGUAUAUCUUUUAGUCGAAUGGCCACCGCAUUUCGAUGAGCUUCCAACCCUUCAACUUCCGCCAGCGUCGUCACUGUGUCACCCAACCUGUCUAAACCCUCGCGG